AUAAAGAUUUAUAAGUUCCAACCAACCAACCAAAACUUAAAAAAUAGUAAUUAAUUGAAAACCGUGUAACUUAGGCCUUGUGGACAUGUCGCCCACCCUCAUGGCAAAUCAAAACCAAUGAGAGACUCUUUCUCUAUCUCUCUCACUUGCCUUUGCUUUUGCUUUUCUUUCUCUCUCUUUUCUAAUAUAUAUAUAUAUAUAUAAGACUAAGGAGCCUAAGGUGACGGCUUUUGUUUUGAGCAUUGAUUGAGAGAUAUGGGAACAUUAGAACAACAAAUUGAUGCUUAUCAAACCCAAUCAUCUUCAUCUUCUUCUUCUUCAAUUGAUAGUAAUAACUAUCCUUCAUCACUCUGCCUCUCAACUCUAUGUAGAAAAAGAACUGAUAAUUUGAGCACUGACCUUAGACUUGGUCUAAGCAUCUCUCCUCCUUCUUCUUCUCAUCAAUCUCAAUUACCAUUCAUUUCAACAACACCAAGGGAGGAAGCAUUUGACUGGCCACCAAUUAAAUCCACAUUGAGGACCACAUUGGUUGAGAAACAAAGCAAUUUUCAGAGUCAAAAACCUUCUUUAUUUGUCAAAGUUUAUAUGGAAGGCAUUCCAAUUGGUAGAAAAUUAAAUUUGUUGGCACAUCAUAGCUAUGAUGGACUUGUAAAAGCUCUUUGUCAUAUGUUUAGGACCAUUAUUCUCUGUCCUAACUCUCAACCACUUAAUCCUCGGAAUUUUCAUGUCUUAACUUAUGAGGAUCAAGAAGGGGACUGGAUGAUGGUUGGAGAUGUGCCUUGGGAGAUGUUCUUGUCCAGUGUGAAGAGGCUGAAGAUCACAAGAGCUAACAGCUGCUAGUUAAUUUACUAAUCAAGCACGUGUUUCUCCUCAAUUUUCACUGUUCAUAAAUUUUUGUUCUAAUUGUUAAUUAGCGGGGUGGGUGAAAUCAUAGAAAUUCCACAUGAAAAUCUGGCUUCAAUGAUUAUCAUUUAUUAUAUAUGAUUGCUAUAUACACCACAAAAAUUUAAAUGUAUAGCUUCUCACCUAGUUGUCAAUUUAGUGAAUAGCUAGCUAGCUAUAGUGUUAAUUAAUUAUUCUCUCUGUUUAAUUUUAUGAUGAUAUCUUUUAAUUUAGUUUCCAGCUUGUUUUGGAACUAGCUUAAUUUGUAGUCAUUAAUUUGGUAUGUUGAAUUGCAUCUCUCUUUGAUCAAUCUUACAUACAAAUACAAUGCUUAUCUAUAUUGUUUUU